CGAUAAGCGGUGGUCCUCUCUGUCAGCUGUGUUGUGUUUGACUCGCUCUAACUAGUUGGUGAACUAGGGAUUUCAAGAUGUCCAAAAGGAAAAGCACCUCUGCCGGUGAUAAGCCCCACAAACGAGUCAGACCCGCCGUGGAGGAAGAUGAAGAAGAUGAAAAUAUGCCUGAUAGUGACCAGGAAGACCCUCCGCUGAAUCGACAGUUGCAGUGUGCCGGUGAGGUGGUGGGUGAUGCAGGGAUUGUGGAGAGCAUCACACUGAAGAACUUCAUGUGCCACUCUCUCCUCGGCCCGUUCGCUUUUGGUUCCAAUGUUAACUUUGUUGUCGGCAACAAUGGAAGUGGAAAAAGUGCCGUUCUGACAGCUCUCAUAGUUGCCUUAGGUGGGAAAGCAAAUGCCACAAACAGAGGAUUAUCCCUCAAGGGCUUUGUGAAGGAAGGAGAAAGCUCAGCUGAUGUGUCGAUCACCCUGCGUAACAAAGGAAGGGACGCUUACAAGCCUGAGGUGUACGGUCCAGCCAUCAUAGUAGAUCUGAGAAUAACACGCGAGGGGUUGAGAACCUAUAAACUGAAAAGCAAAUCUGGUCAAAUUGUCUCAACUAAAAAGGAAGAGCUGGUGUGCAUCCUUGACAAUUUCAACAUACAGGUCAACAAUCCUGUGUCAGUUCUCACUCAAGAGAUGAGCAAAUACUUCCUACACUCAAAAGGAGAGGGAGACAAAUAUAAGUUUUUUAUGAAAGCUACCCAACUGGAGCAGAUGAGAGAGGACUUUGUCCACAUCAAGACCACCAAGCAUGGCACAGUGGAUAAAGUUGAGCAACAUGGUGAAAUCUUGAAAGAACUAAAACGGAAGUACCUGGAGAAAGAGGACCGUUACAAGAGCCUGGCAUCACUUGAUGAAAUGCACACCAAGUUGACGGAGCUGCAGAAGCAAAUGGCUUGGGCUUUGGUGAUUGAGAUGGAGAAAGAGUUGGAGCCAAUGAAGGAGAAGCUUCAGUCGGACAGAAAUUCUACAGCAAAAUUUGACGAGAAGGUUGAGGAAUGGAAGAAUAAGAUCGAGGAGGCUGAGAGGAAAUACAAGCAGAUCCAGGAACAUUUAGAGGAGAUCACACAGCAAGUCCAGGAGCUCCAGCCCAAGUGUGCUGAGCUCAAGGCUGCAGCCCAGAAACAAAAUAACCUCCUCAAGUCCAAAGAAGUCACUGUCCACAGAUGUAAGGCUAACCUGAGGGACCUGGAAAAGGACAAGGUUCAGCUGUCCUCAAGGAUAAAUGAUCUCAAGCUGAACAUCAGUCAGAUCUCAGGAGCAGAGAGCCAGGCCAGGACGGAGCGUAUGGAGAAGAUACAGACUGAGCUCGAAAGCAUGAGAGACAAGAUCUCCACUCUGGGUCAGCAGAUUGACCAGUAUCAGCACGCCUGUGUCCGUGCAAAGGAAGAACAAGGAAGGAUAAGGAAAGAACAUGGAACGCUCCAGAGGUCCAUUGAUGCCAACGUAAGGAAUCUCCAGACCAUGGAGAGCAGUCGGUCCAAUCGCCUGCGUCGUUUUGGGGAGCACAUGCCCGCGCUCCUCAAUGCCAUCCACGAAGCUCACAGGAGGGGCCAGUUAAAGCAGAAACCUCGAGGACCUCUGGGUUACUUGAUCAGCCUGAAGGACCCAGAGCUGGCUCUGGCUGUGGAAGUGUGUCUUAAAGGCCAGCUGCAGGCCUUCACCUGUGAUAAUCACGAAGAUGAGCGGGUGCUGCAGAGCCUCAUGGCCAAAGUGAUCCCAUCUGGCCGCCGACCUACCAUCAUCACCAGCCAUUUUCUCCAACGUGUCCACGAUACAAGGUCGAGGGCUGUGAAUCACCCUCCUUAUCCCUCCGUGCUCCAAGCUCUGGAAAUUGAGGACCCAAUUGUGGCAAACUGCCUGAUUGAUCAAAGGGGUAUAGAGAGCAUCCUGCUCAUUAAGAAUCGAGCAGAGGCCCGUAAGGUGAUGCAGGGCAAAAACCCUCCUCAGAACUGUAUCUUGGCCUUUUCCAAGGAUGGAGAUCAGAUUUACAACAACCGUAAUUACACUGCAGAGCAGACUAGAGCCAACUACCUCUCAGGAGAUGUCGAGGAGGAGAUCAGGCACUUGCAGAGAGAGAUAGAGAACCAAAAAGGUCAGGCAACUCGCUUCCAGCAGCAAAUGAAAAAGUUAGAUGAAGACAUCAAACAGAACGAUGGGCUGCUGAGAAGAACCCAAGUAGAGCAGAGGACUGCUAAAGACAAGGCCACAAAGCUCCAGCUGGAGCUGACAGACCUACAGAAUACUGAAGAGCCUCAAUCAGAGGACCUCAAUCCCCUGGAGGAAGAUCUUCAGGAGAUCGUCGGUAAGAUUACGUCCAAGCGUGCAGAGUACGACGAGGCACGCGCUCAGAUGGCUGAGCUGAAGGCCUCCUAUGAGAAGGCAGAGCAGGAGUAUAAGCAGCACAAAGAGCAGAUUAACACGGUCGCAGAGGAUGCCGACCCAAUCAAGGAGGAGCUUAGUAAAACUGAUCAGGAGGUGAUGAAGUGCAAGCAUCACAAGAAACACUACGACGAGAAACGCAGUGCCCAUCUCCACGGCAUACAGACACUGGAGGCCAACGAGAAAAAAAAGGAGCAGGAAAUUCAGAUUUCUGUGUCCAAGGCCCAAGAAAUCUGUCCAGAGCGCAUGGAAAUACGACGGACAGCCAGGAGUCUGGACAGCGAGAUCAACCGCCUCAAAGCAAAGAUUUCCACCCAGCAGGAACAGCAGGGGGACCGUGAGGAGGUUGUGAGGCAGUAUCAUGAGGCUCUGGAGAACUACAAGAACAUGGCGCAACAAAUGAAGUACCUCAACACCUUCAUCAAAUGUCUCGACAGGGUUAUGAACCAGAGACUCCAGGUUUACGCUGAUCUCAGGAGGUUCCUUUCAGCCCGCUGUAAAUACUACUUUGAUAGCAUGCUGGCCCAGAGAGGCUACACUGGAAGUAUGACCUUCGACCACAAGAAUGAAACCCUGUCCAUCUCAGUGCAGCCCGGCCAGGGAAACAAGGCUGACUUGAGCGACAUGCGCUCUCUGUCCGGAGGCGAGCGCUCUUUCUCCACUGUUUGCUUUGUCCUCUCUCUUUGGGCCAUCACAGAGGCGCCUUUCCGCUGUCUUGACGAGUUUGAUGUUUACAUGGACAUGGUGAACAGGAGGAUAUCCAUGGACAUGAUGCUCAAAGUGGCGUCUGGUCAGCGCUACAGACAAUUCAUCUUCCUCACACCACAGAGCAUGAGCUCUCUUCCUGAGAGUAAAAUCAUCAGAAUCCUCCGCCUCAAAGAUCCAGACCGUGGAAACAACGCACAAACAAGUCAAGAGGAGGACCAGUAGUGCUGGUAGCUGAUAAUUUAACAAGUUGAAGGAGUUAAUGAGACCACUAUCAGGUGCGAUGUAGUUUUAUGAUGAUUCCUGUGUUCUGAGUGCAGUUAUGUUGAAGAAGUGCAGUUUUGUUAUGCUUCAGUUAUGAGAAGGAUUACAAUUGUUCAGGGUUCUGUUUAGUACAACAACGCUGCAUUCAAGCACCAAUCAGAUUUGUAAGAAAUGUUAUAUCCAUUUGUACUCGAUAGGCAAGCCAAGUACUUUUUUAUUCAUGUUUAAAAUAAUAGUAACAGGCUUAUUGAAAGAAUUAAUGUUAUUAUUGUGAGAAAUAUUUAAUUUUCAUUAAAUCAAAAAGUUAAACAA